AUGUCUACCGCACUUAUCUUCGGAGGUUCCGGCAAGGUUGCACGCCAUCUGACAACCAAGCUGGUGGCCUCGUCCUAUACUGUCCACUCGAUCAUCCGCAAGGAGUCCCAAAUCCCCGAACUCGAAGCAUUGGGAUCCAAGCCAAUCGUGCAAAGCAUCGAAGACUCUAGUGUCAACGACCUCACGGCAACUAUCAAGAAGUACAGUCCUAACGUAGUGAUUUGGAGUGCAGGGGCUGGAGGUGGUAGCCCUGAGCGAACCAAGGCUGUAGACCACGAAGGUGCUGUCAAGGUCUUCGAUGCCACUGCUGCUGCGGGAGUCAAACGAUUCGUCAUCGUCAGUGCCGUAGACAUUCGUGAUCGUGAAAACAAGCCGGCACCCGAAUGGUAUAUACCCGAUGAUACCGCCGUUAGUGAUCGGAUGUGGGGUGCCAUAGGGGUGUACUGCCAGGCCAAACUCGCCGCUGAUCGAGACCUCGUCACCCAGAACGACCGCCGCAAGCUCGACUACACUAUCGUCAGACCAGGUUCACUAAACACUGACAGAGGUUCUGGCACUGUUGCCGCAGGCAAGGUCCACUUAGGCAAGAGUAUCUCACGCGAGGAUGUAGCUGAAGUCAUAGUACGCUGCAUUGAAGACCCAUCGACCAUCGGACUAGCAUUUGAUGUCGUUGGAGGAGAUACUCCGAUCUCCGAAGCAGUCAAAGAGGUUGGCAGCAAGAAGAUCGACACCUUUGCAGGUCGUUACUAG